AAAUUGUAAGAAUUAAACAAAUUACAAAUUAUGGUCAAGGUUUUGCGAUGUUUCAACUUUAGGUCGUCUGCAUUAUUGAAACAGACAGAGAAUGAGCCUGCAUGUCUUGCAUCAGGGCGGAACUUUGUGUUUAUAGGGACGCACGGUACCGAGCUCGAAGUUUUCCGAAGUCAGAAAGGGGCAGAAUGGGUGAAAUAUUGUUCUUUCCAAACAGGUGCCCAUGUAUCUCAAAUAGAGUACAAUGAAACAGGUGAUUUUAUAGCUACAGUAGAAAAGAAGACAAACAGACAGUCAGAGGUGGUGUCAGUGAAAGUCUAUCUUAAUUGGCAUAUUGCGGCUACAGAUGACCAAUUCCGCACUAGAGUCAGGGUUGCAGGUCUUGGUUACAGGAGCACAAAUGUACAGACUGGAAAAAGACUUGAGGUUGUGGAUGUUCCAUGUGAAAAAGGGGCAGAGUUUAUGACAUCAUGCCAGCAGACAGGAAACCUUGGUAUUGUGUUUUCCAGACACAUAAAACUUUACCAUCUUGUGGAGAAGACUAUACCAAACUCACAGACAACCUUCCUUGAUGUUAUAUUGUUUCUGGAGUUACAAUUCCAGCACAGUAUCAGUCAUAUAAGUCUUUGUGAAGAUUUUGUGGCAUGCAGCUCUUCUCAAUUUGUUCAGGUCUUUCAAGUGAAUAUUUCAAAUGAGGAUGAUGAUUUGAAGUCAUUGACAAAACUGACUGACCCGGCUAAGGGUGCUGUCAGUCCCAACAGAACUAGUCGAAGAAUUUCCAGUGCUUUAUCUAGUCUGAAUAUUCAGGAUAAGUUAAGUUCUCCUUCUGCCAAUGUGAGCCAUGUUAGGUCAAAGGUUACAUCAAGAGAGUUACCUAGAUUCUCUGCAGUGGGUGAAAGAGGUUCUUCUACACCAAGUCCUGCCUUAACCAUUAAUCCAAAGGUUUCAAGUUGUGCAAUAGAAGAUGAUACAGACUUUAUACAUUGGACAUUUUCCACUGGCAAUUCCAUGACAACAGAAACCAGUCAAAACCAGUCAGAGACUGGUACAGAGAAUACAACAAUAGAACUCAAAGGACUGAAAAAUUUAGGAAAAGAAUUGAAACCAGAACCUAGUCUACCUGAAAUAAAAGACCUCAGAGGGGGAAAUCAUUUGACAACAGGGAAGGCAACUCUUACACAGCUGAUGUUUCAGUAUCUUGAUAAGAGUGAUGUGUCCUGGAUUCACCUACAGCUUAUUCCAACAUACUUGAUUGGUAAAGAUGAUACAUUGAUACUGUCAGGAAGUGGUGUCCCACUUCGCUCCUCGAGAAGAUCGAGUCUGGCUGGGAUGUCGUGUUUGAUGAGUGGAAGCAGAGCUGGCUUUAUGUUCUCUCUGCUACCUCAACCAUCCUUACUGUCCAUAUACAAAUACUCUUCUGAUGCCAUUCAGGUUCAGACUAAUGGCAAGAUGCUGUUUGUUCUUGUACAAAAUGGUUUAGAAGUUUACACUACAAGGUGUCUCAUAGCAGCUGUACACAACACAGAACAUUUUGAUUAUGUCAGAAAUGCAUGUCCUCAAUCAGAUACAGAUAUCUGUAUGUGUGGUGUACAGCAGUUUUUGGGACCAAGGGAGAUCACUCUUACAAACAAACAUGUAGUACUCUUCAAUAAAAUGGAUAACGCGUGGAAUAUCAACUUGAUGGAAGAGCCAAGUACUCCAGAGCUUUAUCAAGAUUUGCUGAGAUUUGGUGAAAGAUAUCAACAAAAUGCUCCCCAUACAUACCAUCAUCUGUUGUUAGAAUGUCACAUGACCCUGAAGUCAAGUUUGGUUGGUCAGACACUCAGCCAAUCAGAAGUGUCAGUCAUCAAUGACCUGCUGCAUGAGUCAUCUGCUUUACUCGGAGAGUAUUAUGCAUCACCAGAUUGUAUGACCUGGCAGCUGUGUCUUCCUUACUAUAACAUGUCAGGUUUGAGCCUGAUAGAUGUUGUGAGACAGGCUGUUCAGCUUAGGCAGCAUAACAAACAGGUAUCACAUUAUGGAGAAGGACUGGUCCAGUUCCUCAGAUACACACUCUUUCUGGAUGAAGAUCCUCUCGAUAUAAAACAGGGAGAUGGUGAUUUAGUGCUGGAAGUGUGUCAUGAUUGCAUGGUAGAGAAACUGGCAGACAUUAUCUUAUUCUCAAGACUGAAAACAUUCUCACCAAAGAAGGCACUGAAAUUACUGAAGGGCAGUAGUAAAGCCAGGUCUACAAUCGAUUCUAAAUCAAGGACUAAGGAGAGGCUUGCAUUUGUUUCAUUAAAUUUGCGAUUGUGUGAGCCCGAUAUUGCCGUGUCAUCUUUAUCCAGCAUUGAUAAGAGUGAUCUCAUAGAGACAUGCAUAGACAACCCUCAGAUUUUACAUACAUCCAUGACAGAGUUUUCUCCCCUUUCUCAGUUACUGAGAUGUAAUUCUCCGAAGACUCUCAUCAGUAUUCUGGUGAUGUUACAUGACAAAGGUACCAUGUCGAUGGAUCUAGCUAUUAGAUUGCUUCAGGGCAGAUCAGGAGUUCUUGAGAUUCAUAAAAAUACUCAUAUAAGAGAAUAUCUGGAGGCACUUGUUAAUGAUGAGUGUAGAAAGUUCAGUUUUGAUGAGGCUGUACCAUUACUGUGUGAGAUAUACCUACAGAGACUGAAAGAGUGGGAACCUCCAUCCAUUAGACAACUUACUCCAUCCAUGAAAUUCAGAUUACCGAGUGGAAGUGGACAUUUUGGCAGGCGGCAUAGCUGGCUGGACAAUAUACCUCCCUUCUCUGGUGCAAAGUCUAUCACAAGUACAUGCAAAUACGUGGUACCAGCAAGUAGCAGAAGAGCUGGGGUACAGCCACAACUCUUACAGUGUCAUAAGAUCAAAGAGACUUGCAGUUGUUUUUUGUGCAAUGAAGAUUUAUUGAAAUUACAGGCGUUGCUGUGUUACAGCGAAGCCUCAAGCAUUAUCUGUGAUAAGGUGAUGGCAAGUAUCGAGAAUCAACAGAAAGCGUUCUACUUUGACUCACUUGCUAUUUUAUGCCUGAUGAGAACAAAUUAUGAACAGUCAUUGACUCUAGUUGUGGAUAAACAUACUAACAUUGCUGCAGACUUUGGUGCUUCUGUGAUUAAAGAUAAUGCAAAGCAGUGGGAGUACUUGUUGAAGAGUUUGUUAUCUGGAAUUGGACAGAACAAUGAUGUGAAAAAGUGCCCUGACAGAAAUGUUUCUGUAGGAGUCAUUAAAGAUGUUCUACGAGAAAUGGCUCACCAGCUUAAACCAGAAGUGUUUAUCAGUGUGCUACCUGGAAAUGGAAACUUCUUUUUCUUCCUACCGUUUAUACAACACUGUCUAGACACUCACAAGUCAAAUAUUCUCAAGGACAAAAUACUCUCUCUCGGUGAAAACCUGACACAAAGUGUUAACUCACUUUAGAAACACCAUGUUGUGAUAGUUUUCAAGCUCAUCUACUGAAUUUUGUUUACAAAAACAAAUCGUUUAUUUAAUAUGUAACAUCCACUUUAUGGUUUGUACAGAAAUAAGAAAGAGAUUAUUUUGGUAUAUAAACAGCAUUGGUGCAUGUCACGUAAGGAUGACCCUUUCCGCUAGAUUGCAGAUUCAGUCUAAUGUCAUUCACUAAAAUGAACAAAUUGGCGUUGUUAAAAAAAUCAAAAUUGGACACAACAAUUUCAAACUAUUAAGAUUAUUGUUAUAACAAAUUUACUGAAGGCAAAGAUCAAAACUGAAUCAACAUGACCACAGUGUAUGAUUGUUUUCCUAGAUGAAAUUAUAGAUGUUUUAGAUGGGAACUUUUUUUUUGUUACAGUUUAACUGGACUGGUCUUUCUAGUUAUGUGUCCUAUCUAGAUGUUCAAAAGAUCCAUGUACUGACAUUUAUUUUGAUUUUGUAAUAAACAUGGAAAACAAACCACUUGUUUCUGGAGCGAGCUGUUGAAUAGACAUAGGAGUUGAA